GUGUAUAUCAAAGUUAUAGACACAAAUAAUCACAGGCCUCAGUUUUCUGCUUCAAAAUAUGAAGUUGUAAUACCUGAAGACACCGUACCAGAGACAGAAAUUCUGCAAGUCAGUGCCACAGACAGAGAUGAGAAGAAUAAACUGAUUUAUACUAUGCAGGGCAGCACUGAUCCCAUCAGUCUUAAAAAAUUUCGUCUGGACCCUGGAACUGGCUCUCUUUAUACUUCAGAAAAACUGGAUCAUGAGACCAUGAACCAGCAUAUUCUAACAGUAAUGGUUCGAGAUCAAGAUGUUCCAGUAAAGCGCAACUAUGCUAGAAUCAUCAUUAAUGUUAGCGACACAAAUGAUCAUGCUCCAUGGUUCACCAGCUCUUCCUAUGAAGGACGAGUGUAUGAGUCAGCAGCUGUUGGAUCAGCAGUACUCCAGGUUACAGCAUUAGAUAAGGACAAAGGAAAAAAUGCAGAAAUUGUGUACUCUAUUGAAUCAGGGAAUAUUGGAAAUUCCUUCUUUAUAGAUCCCAUUUUGGGUAUGAUUAAAAUUGCAAAGGAACUAGAUCGUAAUAACCGGGAAGAAUACAACCUGAUGGUAAAAGCUACAGACAAAGGAGAUCCUCCAAUGAGUGAAGUGACCUCUGUGCAUAUAUUUGUUACAGUUUCAGAUAAUGCCUCACCAAAAUUCACAGCCAAAGAAUAUUCUACAGAAAUCAGUGAAAGUGCCAGCAUUGGCAGUUUUGUUGGAAUGGUUACAGCAUACAGUCAGUCUUCCGUAGUUUAUGAAAUAAAAGAUGGUAAUAUAGGUGAUGCCUUUGCUAUCAACCCGAACUCAGGUGUCAUUGUUUCUCAGAAGACACUUGAUUUUGAAACUUUGCCUGUUUACACUCUAACUGUGCAGGGCACAAACAUGGCUGGCUUGUCCACUAAUGCAACAGUUUUGGUACAUCUUCGGGAUGAGAAUGACAAUACACCAAUUUUUAUGCAAGCUGAAUAUACAGGACUCAUCAGUGAAUCAGCUUCAAUUAACAGCGUGGUUCUGACUGACAAGAAUAUCCCAUUAGUAAUUCGAGCUACAGAUGCCGAUAAAGAAUCUAAUGCUUUGCUUGUUUAUCAAAUUGUUGAACCAUCUGUCCGCAAGUAUUUUGCCAUUGAUUCUAGCACUGGUGCCAUUCGGACAGUAAUGAGUCUAGACUAUGAGGAGACAAAUAUUUUCCACUUUUCAGUGCAAGUACAUGAUAUGGGGAUACCACAUUUAUAUGCAGAAUAUGCAGCUAAUGUUACUAUUUAUGUAAUUGACAUCAAUGAUUGCCCUCCUGUGUUUUCAAGAGAGUUGUAUGAGACAUCUAUUUUGGUUCCAACCUAUAAAGGCGUGAAAGUCAUAACCGUAAAUGCCACUGAUGCUGAUUCAGGCAUUUUUUCACAAUUAAUUUAUUCCAUUAUUGAAGGCAACAUUGGAGAAAAAUUUUCAAUAAACCCUAAGAAUGGAGAUAUAAUGGUACAAAAUACGACUCAGUUAAGAAGCAGAUAUGAAUUAACAGUGAGAGCAUCUGAUGGCAGAUUUGCAAGCACUGCGUCUGUAAAAAUUAAUGUGAAAGAAAGUAAGGCAAGCCCACUGAAGUUCACACAGAGUUCUUACUCUGCCACAGUGCAGGAGAAUUCCACAGAAGCAAAAACAAUAGCUGUUGUUACUGCUAUAGGGAAUCAAAUAAAUGAGCCUUUGUUUUACCAUAUUCUAAAUCCAGACAGCAGAUUUAAAAUAAGUCCAACUUCAGGAGUCCUUUCAACAACAGGAAUACCAUUUGAUCGUGAACAGCAGAAAGAAGUGACAGAAGAAUAUAAACCGUCAGUUGUUGCACACAUUGUAGUUAAAGUCACAGUGGAAGAUGUAAAUGAUAAUGCUCCAUUUUUUGUCAAUCUUCCAUAUUAUGCUGUUGUUAAAGUAGAUUCUGAAGUAGGUCAUGUUAUUCAACACGUCACUGCAGUAGAUAAAGAUACAGGCAGAAAUGGAGAGGUGCAUUACUAUCUCAAAGAACAUCAUGAACACUUCCAAAUUGAUCCCACUGGUGAAAUCUCACUGAAGAAGAAGUUCGAACUAGACACGCUAAAUAAGGAGUAUCUCGUCACAGUAGUGGCAAAAGAUGGAGGAGACCCUGCUUUUUCUGCUGAAGUUAUAGUCCCAAUCACAGUUAUGAGUAAAGCUAUGCCAGUUUUCGAAAAGCCUUUCUACAGUGCAGAGAUACCAGAAAACAUUCAGCUCCAUAGUCCUGUGGUACAUGUACAAGCAAACAGCCCGGAAGGACUUAAGGUGUUUUACAGCAUCACAGAUGGAGAUCCUUUCAAUCAGUUCACAAUCAACUUCAACACCGGAGUUAUAAAUGUUGUUGCCCCUCUUGACUUUGAGUCUCAUCCAGCCUACAAACUCAGUAUUCGAGCAACAGACUCCCUAACUGGGGCACAUGCUGAUGUGUUUGUAGACAUAAUAGUGGAAGACAUCAAUGAUAAUCCUCCUGUGUUUACAGAGCAGUCUUACACUGCAACCCUUUCUGAGGCAUCUGUCAUUGGAACGUCUGUUGUACAAGUGAGUGCUACAGAUGCCGAUUCUGGAACAAACAGGGGAAUUUCCUAUCACUUGGUGGAGGAUAAUAGUGAAAGUCAUGACUACUUCCACAUAGACAGCAGCACUGGACUCAUUCUUACAGCAAGAACUUUAGACUAUGAACAAAUUAAACAACACAAGUUACUAGUAAGGGCCAUAGAUGGGGGCAUGCUGCCCUUGAGCAGUGAUACCAUUGUAACUGUUGAUGUAACCGAUCUCAAUGAUAACCCCCCUCUUUUUAACCAGUUGCUUUAUGAAGCUAAAAUUAGUGAACUGGCACCCCGAGGGCAUUUCGUGACAUGUGUGCAAGCCUCAGAUGCAGAUAGUUCGGACGUUGACAAGCUGGAGUACUCCAUUCUGACAGGCAACGACCAGAAGAAUUUUGUAAUUGACGGUAAAACUGGCAUUAUCACCAUCUCAAACCUACGCAGGCAGACUUUAAAGUCACACUAUCAUCUUAAUGUGUCUGUUUCUGAUGGGGUCUUCAGAAGUUCAGCCCAAGUCCAUAUAACUGUAACCAGUGCCAAUAUGCACAGUCCUGUUUUCAGCCAGAAUGAAUAUGAGGUUGAACUAGCUGAAAAUGCUCCAUUGCAUACUUUGGUGACUGAAGUUAAAGCAACAGAUGAAGAUUCUGGUACUUACGGCCACAUCACUUACCACAUUGUGAAUGACUUUGCCAAAGACAGAUUUUAUACAAAUGAGAGAGGGCAGAUAUAUACCUCUGAAAAGCUUGACCGUGAAACACAAGCAGAAAAAGUAAUUGCCAUUAGUUUAAUGGCCAAAGAUUCAGGAGGAAAAGUUGCUUUCUGUACUGUUAACGUAAUACUUACAGAUGACAAUGAUAACGCUCCUCAAUUCCGAGCAACAGAGUAUGAAGUAAAUAUUGGAUCUGAUGUUCCACGGGGUACUUCUGUCAUUAAAGUUUGGGCAUCUGAUGCUGAUGAGGGUACAAAUGCAGACAUCACGUAUGCUAUUGAAGCAGAGUCUGAAAAUGUUAAAGAGAAUUUAGAAAUUGAUUCGUUGUCUGGUAUAAUUACUACAAAAGAAAGCUUAAUUGGUUUAGAAAAUGAGUUUCUCACCUUCUUUGUUAGAGCAGUCGAUGGUGGAUCCCCCAAAAAAGAGUCAGUUGUUCCUGUCUAUGCUAGAAUACUCCCACCAGAAGUGCCUCUUCCAAAAUUUUCAGAGCCGUUUUAUUCUUACACGGUUUCUGAGGACAUUCCAAUUGGGACUGAGAUAGAUGUUAUCAAAGCAGAGCAUAAUCUGACUUUAGUAUAUAGUCUGAUUAGAGGGAACACUCCUGAAAGCAACAGAGAUGAUUUUUUUGUGAUUGACCGACAGACUGGAGAGUUGAAACUUGACAAGAGUCUUGAUCAUGAAACGACUAAAUGGUACCAGUUCUCAGUUCAAGCACAGUAUGCAAAUGAAGAUUAUAAUGUUGUUUCCUCAGUAGAGGUAAGCAUUCAGGUAAAAGAUGCAAAUGAUAACAAACCAGUUUUGGAGUCCAAUCCAUAUGAAGCAUUCAUUGUAGAAAACAUGCCACCUGGAACAAGAGUCAUCCAGGUGAAAGGAACUGACUUAGAUUCAGGACUCAAUGGGCAGGUUACUUACAGCCUGGAUCCUUCUCAAGAACUAGACAUUAUAGAGUCUUUUGCCAUAAACAUGGAAACUGGCUGGAUUACCACUCUCAAAGAACUCGAUCAUGAGAAACGAGACAAAUACAAAAUCACAGUGGUUGCAUCUGAUAGGGGUGAAAAAAUUCAACUGUCUUCUAUGGCUGUGGUUGAAGUUACUGUUACGGAUGUAAACGACAAUCCUCCACGCUUUACUGCAGAGAUAUAUAAAGGAACAGUCAGUGAGGAUGACCCUCCUGGUGGGGUAAUUGCCAUCUUGAGUACAACUGAUGCUGAUACAGAAGAAGCCAACAGACAAGUCUCUUACUACAUUACAGGAGGUGAUCCCUUGGGACAGUUUGCUAUUGAAAAUAUACAGAAUGAAUGGAAAGUCUAUGUCAAAAAGCCUCUGGACAGGGAAGAAAAGGAUAAUUACCUUCUAAAUAUUACAGCUACUGAUGGGACCUUUGCAACUAAAGCUGUGGUGGAGGUUAAAGUCCUUGAUGCUAAUGAUAAUAGUCCUGUUUGCGAAAAGGCUUUAUACACUGAUUCUGUUCCUGAGGACGCCCUUCCUGGCAAACUGAUCAUGCAGGUAUCUGCUACAGAUGCAGAUAUUCGUUCCAAUGCAGAAAUUACUUAUACACUGCAUGGCACAGGAGCAGAAAAAUUCAGACUCGCUCCAGACACAGGUGAACUGAAAACAUUAAUGCCACUUGAUCGUGAGCAGCAAGCAGUUUAUUAUCUUCUAGUGAAAGCCACAGAUGGAGGAGGAAGAUUCUGUCAAGCUAAUAUUAUUCUGACUCUGGAAGACGUGAACGAUAAUGCCCCAGAGUUUACAGCUGAUCCUUACUCCAUUACAGUAUUUGAAAACACAGAGCCUAAAACCCUUUUGACAAGAGUGCAGGCAACAGAUGCAGAUGCAGGGAUGAAUCAUAAAAUCCAUUAUUCACUGGUGAACUCUGCAGAGGGCCAGUUCUCUAUUGAUGAAUUCUCUGGAAUCAUUCGGUUGGAGAAGGCUUUGGAUCGGGAAUUACAAGCUGUGUACACUCUAAUUUUGAAGGCUACAGAUGAAGGUUUACCCAGAAGACUGUCUUCAACAAGUAGUCUUAUAGUUUCUGUUUUGGAUAUAAAUGAUAAUCCACCUGUAUUUGAGCAUAGGGAGUAUAGUGCAAGUGUAUCAGAAGACAUUUUGGUAGGAACUGAAGUUCUCCAGAUCUAUGCUGCAAGCAGGGACAUUGAAGCCAAUGCUGAAAUCACAUACUCGAUAGUAAGUGGGAACGAACAUGGAAAAUUCAGCAUCGAUUCAACAACAG